AAUUAAUACACUUAUUAUGAAAAUGUUUUUGUUCAAAAUAUGUUAGACGAUUCUAAAGAUUCCUUUUUGUUUUGUGCACUAGGCUGAAUACGCAAAUGUCAUUGUCAAACACAGUCGACAACAAAAAAGUUAUUAUAAACCGACUAAAUUAUGAAAGUUGAUUUGGAAAUGUCACUUCCUAAGGCAUCUCUCUCACUCCUUUGAGUAGAUUAACUAGGAGAAGAAGAGAUGAGAUAGAUGAGAUGGUUUUACUAAGUCUCUUUUUAGAUUAGUAGAGUGCGCUAGCACCUAGCACCGGGCGGUUUAGUUUUUUGUAUUUCGUUUGGCCGUGCAUUCGUGUCUUAUUGAAAAUCUUGUUUUUCUUUAUGGUGAUGUAUCAAAACAUCUUUUAUAAUUUUAUUGGUUUAUCCUCGUGAAACGGCAGUAUUUACAUAAACCUGUGAAAGAUAUAUUGUCAUGAUGGCUAUCUCAAGGCGUCAAAUAUUACGCCUUUUAAGGGUCCGUAAUCUUCUAAUGCUGACUCUGAUAGCUUUACUGCUGUACAUAGUUAAAUUACUGAACAACCUAGAUGCUGGCAACCAAUUCUCAAAUCAAGCUCUUGAAGUGAUCCGUGCACCACUGAGGUUCCGACAGGAUAAAGACCUUUUUGUACCAGCUAAAUUAAAUAAAAUCGACUGGCAUGACUAUGUUUUGUUAGAUCAUGAAAGGAAACGAGUGGGUAUCGGUGAACACGGAAAACCAGCAUUUUUGCCAAAAUCUGAAAGUGAACACGAAAAGGCGUUGUAUUCUGUGAAUGGUUUCAAUGGCGCGCUGAGUGACAAAAUUCCACUGAACCGUUCUCUUCCCGACAUUCGGCAUAGUAAAUGUACGACGAGACUGUACAUUGCGUCUUUGCCUACUGUGAGCGUUGUGGUUCCCUUCCACAACGAGCAUUGGAGUACGUUGCUCAGGACUGCCUUUAGCGCGCUGCUACGUUCACCCAGCACUCUGUUGAGGGAAGUUAUUCUAGUCGACGAUGCGAGUACCAAAGAUUUUUUAAAGGAGAAAUUAGAAGUAUAUUUAGCAGAACAUAUGCCGAAGGUGAGAGUCAUAAGGCUGGAGAAGCGAAGUGGACUUAUCACAGCUCGUUUAGCAGGAGCGAAGGUAGCCACGUCUGAUGUACUGGUCUUCCUGGAUUCCCACACCGAAGCCAAUGUCAACUGGUUGCCGCCACUACUAGAACCGAUAGCCUUGGACUACCGAACAGUUGUUUGUCCGUUCAUUGACGUGAUUGCAUACGACACGUUUGAGUACCGCGCGCAAGAUGAAGGCGCCAGAGGUGCUUUUGAUUGGGAGUUCUUCUACAAACGGCUGCCUAUACUGCCCAAGGACGAAAAGAAUAUGCCUGAACCUUUCGAGAGUCCUGUAAUGGCCGGUGGCUUAUUCGCAAUAUCGCGCAAGUUUUUCUGGGAGCUCGGUGGAUACGAUCCUGGUUUGGACAUCUGGGGGGGAGAGCAGUACGAGCUUAGUUUUAAGAUAUGGCAAUGCGGUGGUCGCAUGAUAGACGCGCCAUGUUCCCGCGUCGGUCACAUCUACCGCAAGUUCGCGCCCUUCCCCAAUCCUGGACAUGGUGACUUUGUGGGCAAAAAUUACCGCCGUGUAGCCGAAGUGUGGAUGGACGAGUACGCGCAGUUUCUGUACGCAAGACGUCCUCACUACCGGACCAUUGAUCCAGGCGACAUCUCCGAACAGAAGGCGCUGCGAGAGCGACUGCAAUGCAAGUCUUUUAGGUGGUUCAUGACGCAGAUCGCAUUUGAUCUAACAGCCAAGUACCCGACGAUAGAGCCGAAACCAUUCGCUAAAGGACGUGUGCGACCAGUAGCCAAUCCGAACGUAUGUAUAGACGCGCGCGACGGUGAGAAGCUCGAGAGACUGAGCAUCACAGACUGUGCUGACGUCAUCGACCCUGAACAGAACUACAUCUUCUCCUGGCAUAAGGAUGUCAAAGUGUUAUCCCGCAACAUGUGUUGGGAUCUCCCCGAGACCGCGGCACAGAGUCCUAUAAAGCUGUUCUCCUGCCAUCUUGGUGGUGGCAAUCAGUUGUGGAGGUACCUAACGGACACGAAACAAAUAAAGCAUGGUUCAGGCGAACAUUGCAUAGACUGGAAUCAAAGAACAAGAGACCUAUUUAUCAACACCUGUGACCUUGCCAGCGAAACCCAGCGGUGGACAGUUGACAUCGUGGACAACGAAAUGAUGGCCAAGUGGAGCUUAGCCAAGACCAGAGUCACUGGACCUAUAGAAGACCCCUAAACAACAAGUAAGAUCCUACGUAUUUUGUAAAAGUUGGGUAAUAUUUCUGUUAAUAGUAAAACAUUUUAAUUGUUUAUUAAGACGUGGUUUAGUAUGUCAGUCUUGUUUGGUUUUUAAACUGAUAUUAUACAAGGAGGUGUUAAAUAAACGCAUAACGAUAUAAAUGGAUGUUCAGGCCUUACAAGUAUUGAUUAUUAUUAAUGUUGACAUUAGAAAUUCAAAAUGAUUUAUAAUUGACAUAAAAAUGUUUAUAGAUUAAAAAUAAUAUUUGAAUUCUUGUAUUUUAAAGGUUUUGCGUUUUUUAUGUUACAUCUUGUAGAGAAAUACGUAUCUAGAGAGCUUUUCUUGGCAUUAUAUAAAUGUAGAUGAUUCUACAGAAUUAAAAGUGUCAGUUUGUACAUAUUACAUGGGGACUUUUGUACUAUUGACCUUAAAGUUUUGUAACAAAGUCGAAAAUGAAUUAAUUUCAGUUUAGAGUCGCCAUGUGUUGGAGAAAUAAACAUUGGUUUGCAAAAUUUUACCAAAAAGUGGUUAUUUUUAGGUUCAAUAUUACUAGUCUAGGUUUGUAGAAUGUGAAAUUGUAAAUAGUUAGGGUUUUUUUGUUAGGGUAGAAUAUGCAAUGUUGCCCGCGGUCGCAUUUAUACUCGGUAGCUAUGUGUCGACUUCGAAAUUAUAAGAUAAUAUACACAUAAAUAUAUGACUAGAUCUAGAUGAGAGAUGACAUUAAAUAAAUAUAAAAUGUGUCGUCUUAACUAAGACGACACAUUUUACGGUGUAACUACACCAUGUAUAACUCCAGAACGGCUGGACCGAAUUUAAUGAUCUUUGCUAUGUUCUAAAUAUUUUUCGUUCCAAAUAAUAUAAAUAUAUCAUUAAAUUAAUUUCGAUGCAUUCAAACAUUCCAUUUAGGUAGCCUAAUAUGGACAAUUGAACUGUGAACACGAAUGUUCCUGGAAUAUUUUAAACCCCAUUAUUAUAACAUUCCAUCACUAUUUCAAAUAUUUUUAUAUAUAAAACUCGUGAUGACAAUCUUUAGGGAAAAAAUAGAAAGUUCUUGGUGCUAUUACUGAGUUGUAUAAUAUAAAUCCAUAAUAAUAUUAGUAUUAUUUAUCAAUUUAACUACCUAUAUUAUCUUUUUUAAAUGAACAUUUUGAUACAAUAUAUCAAUAUUCAGACUUUUUUUAUGAAAUGACUGAUUUUAUAUAUUGAAGACGUCAACUUAUUUUUAAAUUAAUGCACUACUGCAAGUGUUCGCUUUUAGUCACUACGUUUAUGAAAUAAAAUUUAAUUUGUUUAAAUGUAGCUGUUAUAAUAACUAGUAUUAGAAUUAUGUAUAUUUUUUAUUUAAAUUAUUUAUGAAUUUGUAUGCUAAUUGUCGCCAUUUUGUCAUUGUGUAAACGUUAUUUCAAACUGCCAGUGUAAUUGAAGAGGCUUGAUAGAAUAAACAGGAUAUUGUCUAUAGAAAACUUAUUCAGUUAUGAUUGUGUAAAAUCUAUCUAGUCUUUGACUUUCUGUUAACAAUGGUUGGUAUUAAACCAUCCUGUGUCUAAACGUGGAUCCACGCGAGACAAUGUAUUUUCUAUUGUCUUAUAUACGGGCAUUCAUACGGUUAACAUAACUGGCCAUUUUGUUUCAUAUUAUAUGUUCUGAUUGUUCUAUAAAUUUGAGAUAUUUUAUUUAACUGCACCUGUACUAAAUAACGGUGGUUUAUGAACUUGACAUUCAGUUAAUUCCAAAAGAGUUUAGCAUAAUAUUAUUAUAGUAAUAUAAAUAUUAUUAAUUUGCUGCAUUUUCGUCUAAAAAAGUCGAGAGCAUAAUUAUUAGUCAUCUUAGAAAAUUAUUUAAUUUAUGUAUAACGUAGGAAGAAAUAUUUUGUUAAUAAAGAUAGAUAUUGAUAGUGUCCAUACAAAUUAAAGUAGAAUAUUUAUUCGUAAAAGAGUUAUAUUUAAAUCUAUUUGAGUAAAUUUCCUGUAAACUCAGUGACUGGUAAUGUUCAAAAUUUACUAAAAUCGCUUUAUCGUUUUUUUUAUGAAUAGCAUAACAAUACAUCACGCCUUUUAAUCUCAAAAGGAAUAGACAGAGGUGCACACCGUCAGUGUGAUUAUGAAUAUGCUAAAAUUGUAAUAGUAAUAUUAAAAUGUAUACUGUAAUUAAUAGUAGUAGAUAAAUAUAUUGAUGUCAUAUAAAUUGUAGGUAGUAAUUAUGACUUCCAAAUGUAAAUUAGAAUGUAUUUUUAAUACGCGCUUUAAGAGGCAAAGGUAGGCCUUAGUCGCCAUUGAAUGGUCAUUUUUGUAUGAGGUAUGAUGUCACGGUAGAUUAUUACCAUGGCUAUGAUUGGGUGAUAGUUGCCAAAUAAGUAUGUAAAAGUCGAUUCUGUUGUACGGCAUUGUAUUAAUCGCGAGCCACGACACGAUCUGUGCAUCAAAUGGAUUAUAAGAAGCUAGUAUGAAACGAAGUUAUUGA